AUGGGAAAAAGCAGAAUUGGAGUCUCAAUAUACCCGCACCUACCUUACGAACAGAUCCUUGCUCCAUAUACUGUCAAGGAGGCCGAAGAUUACGAAAGCGAACCGCAGCUCGAUCUUGAGCAAACGCUGGUAGAGUAUGGCAAACAGCAGUACACAAUCGACGGACUUCGCGAUCGCGUGAAGUAUCAGGAAGCACAGGUACCGGCUGCGAUGUGCUUCUUACGGACUGUGCAGGUCUCAUACCUUGCAGAUGAUGGUACCGAUUCAGAAGCAACUACCAUCCAGGUUCCGAAUUGCACGUGUGAAGAGUCCUGUCGUGAAGUCAGGGGCUAUCAGUCUCCAAAUGACCGAGUAGAUCGCAUCACUGAUGAGAAACUAUCCACGCCAGAGAUUUGA